GCGCUGACCGGCCGCCGCGUCCCUGCGUGCACCCCCGCCACUGCGCCCGCGCGCCGCCGCGGCCCCGCCCCCAGGGCCGCCGCCGCCGCCAGCAGCGGCGGCGGUGGUGGCGGCGCCCGUGCAGCGCAGCACCCCGCGGUCGAGUGCUCGAGCCCGGACGAGCUCGAGUUGACCGUCCACCUCGCCGCCAGGUGGCUGCCAUUUGAGAAAGAGACAGCAGCAGAGGCGCUGCGCCUGUCCCGCGCGCUGAUCUCCCCCCGCACCAGCGGCCGCAGCGUCGCGCGCGCCGCGGUGCCGUUCUACCGCGCCCUA